AUGGAGGUCGCCGUCGAAAGGCCGCCGCCGCAGGUUAAGGAGGAGAAGAGGCCCGACGCCAAGCCAGAGAUCGCCGCCGCACCGAUAGGAAGCGCUGUUCCGAUAGUCUUCGAAAGCUUUCCAUCGACGCAAAGAGACGCGGCCGGCAUCAACAUCAAGCAGGAGGAACGCAGGCUGGAGGCGGCCAGGGCGGAGAUGGGCGAGGUGAGGGAGGAGAACGAGCGCCUCAAGUCGAUGCUGUCCCGCAUCGUCAGCCAGUACCAGUCCCUGCAGAUGCACUUCCUCGACGUCGUCAAGGUGCAGGAGCAAGCAUCUGCAGCCAAGGCGGAGAACAAGCUCCCCGUGGCGCCGGCGCCCACCACCGACGAUGACGGCCCCGAUGACCUCGUCUCCCUGAGCCUCGGCACGAGGGCCAACAGCGGUGGCGGUGGUGCCGCCUCCAGCCGCAAGGGGCACGAGAGGUCGUCGUCCUCGUCCGGCACCGCUGAUGAGAUGACCACCGCUGGCGCCGAUGACGAAGGCCACCACCAGCUCUCCCUCGGGCUCGGCUUCGCGCGCGGGAGCGGGCUGCCGUCGUCCACGGCGGCCACGGAUGACGACAAGGGGAGCCACGCGUCCGCGGCGCCCGUCCUGAACCUGAGCUCCGACAGUAGCGGCAGCGCCGACGACAACGAUGACGCCAAACCUGCCCUGGCCGCCGUGGGCACCGCCCGUAAGAGCCCGAGCGCCGGUGCCGGAGACGGAUCAGCUGACAACGAGGUGCAGCAGCAGGCCAAGAAGGCUAGGGUUUCCGUCAGGGUCAAAUGCGACACUCCCACGAUGCCCGAUGGCUGCCAAUGGCGGAAGUACGGGCAGAAGAUCUCCAAGGGGAACCCGUGCCCGCGAGCCUACUACCGCUGCACGGUGGCGCCGCACUGUCCGGUGAGGAAGCAGGUGCAGCGGUGCGCGGAGGACACGUCGAUCCUGAUCACCACGUACGAGGGCGUGCACAACCACCCGCUCCCGCCGGCGGCGACGGCCAUGGCGUCCACGACCUCCGCCGCGGCGGCCAUGCUCACCUCGGGCUCCACCACCUCCGCCGCCUCAGCCUCGCUCAUCCACGGCCACCACCACCAGCUGGCGGCCGCCGCCGGGAUGCUAGGCCCCACCACCAUGGUCUCCACCGCCGCGUCCUGCCCCACCAUCACGCUCGACCUCACCUCCCCUGCCGCGCCGCACUCCCUCAUGCACUCCUCGCCCUACGCCGCUGCCGCAGCAGCAGCCGCAGCGGGGUUCGAGUCAAGGCGGUCCCGGCGGCGUGGAGCAACGGGUACCUGGCGUACAGCGGCGCCCACCCGUCCUACUACUCCAAGAGCUCGCCGGCGCUGGGGCACCUAUUCGGUGGAAGCCUGGGGGCGCCAUCGAGACCAGAACAGCUCUACGCCGCCCAGUCGUACCUGCAGAGAGCCAACAGCCUGGGCGGCGGCCAUGGCGCGGUGGCGCCGGCCGUCACGGACACGCUCGCGAAGGCGAUCACGUCCGAUCCGAGCUUCCAGUCCGUGCUGGCCGCGGCGAUCACAUCCGUCAUGGGACGCGGCGGAGCCGCUGCUGCCCAGAAGUGAUCAGGAAUUCAGGAUCGGCGGCGCAUGCCCCAUGCGGGAGAUCGAUGGGCAAGGGAAAAUCGCGUUUUUGAGCCCAUCAGCCCAUGCAUGCAUGGAUUAG